AUGUCCACCGAGUCGCGCAGCGCGGAGGCGGGCGGCGACGGGAAUGGCGCAAACAGCGUAAACGGCGGAGAUGGCGCUAACGGUGCUAGCAGCUACCCAUCCAGCCUUGCCUCAUGGCCGAACGAGUCGCCAUCCGCGGUUACAUCCCCCACAACUUCCGCCGCUUCUGAAACGAGAUCCGCCGCGUCGUGGACUUGCGCGGGCGCGUUCCCCGCUGUGCGCCACCCCGUUCGACCCACCUCCCUCGCGCUGGUAUCGAAACGAGGACGCGGGAGCGUCUCGGAGAGAAUUGACACGGGGAGAGGCGCAGAGAGAAGCGCGGGGAGAAGCGUGGGGAGUAGCGGCGGCAGCCGGCGCAUCAGCUUCCCCCCCAGCUGUUCAAUGGGUGAUCGAAGUCGUUCCGAAAGCUCUCGUGGUACUGCCAGCGGUGGUCGCGGAGGCGGUGGCGGCGGCGGCGGUGGCGGGGUCGGCCACAGGAGUUUACUGGUGGCGCGUACUGCUGCGCUGGCAUCUGCCAGGCCUACUGCUGCUGCUGGUGGCGAUGCGACAGGGCGCCGCAAUCGACGAGCCCGCCUCGCGAUUACGACUCACACCUCUUUUCCUCUUAAAACUACUAAAGCUACUUGUAGCAGCGGUAUUAGUGCUAGCGAUGCUGAACGUACGAAUGGUUGUACGACCGCUGGUGGCGGGAAGGAGUGUAGCGGAGGUGACUUUGGCGGGAGCUUGACACGCGAUAGCAGCGGCAGCGGGCGGGACGGAGGUGCUGGCAGUGGUAGUAGAGGCAAAGGGGGAGCAGGCGGGAGGGACGCGGACAAGGCGCGCCCCCCUUGGGGCGCGCGAGCCCCUGGCGCAGUGCUGAAAGCGAAUGUGGUUCUGACGGGGGCUGAGAGGCGGGGAGGAGUGUUGAGCGGUGCUGACGUGCGUGUGGAGGGUGUUGUGAGCGCAGGCACGGGGGGGAAUAAUUGUGAGGGCCACGUGGAACGCGUUGCUGACACGGGUGCUGGGGCGGAUGAGGGUGGCGAGGUGCGUGGGGUUGGCGAGGCGAGUGUGGCUGGUGGGAUUGGUGAGGAGGCAACACAAGGGACGGUGGAUGCUGUAGGGAAGAAGGGAGAGGAUGAUGGCGUGUGGACGGGUGGAUACCAAGGGGAGGAGGGCAGGGAGAAGGAAGAAGAGUGUGAAGAGGAGGUGGUUGAGGGAGAGGCUGUCCCACCGGAGAGGGAAGGGUCAGAAGAAUCAGAUGCACUAUGCGGGGACAAAGCGGGGAUGAGAGUAGGAGAGCUGGAGGAGCAGAGGGGGGAGAGCCAAGCGCCGGCGGAAAAAGAGGACGAGGAACAAGAACGAGAAGAGGAAGGUGUUGAGAAGGCAAACGAUUGUGGCGGGAAAGGGACGGCAAGAGGAGAGACUCUUGAUUGCGAGCAGGAAUUGUUGGUGGGCAGGAAUAGUGUGGGUGGCAGCGGCGUGUUGGAAGAGGUCGCACUGGAGGCCGAGCAAUCACUGGCUGCGGGUGGUGCUCUUGCUGCAGAUCAUGCCGAUGCCGAAGCUGAGCCUUUUGUGGUGGUGAAGGGGGAGGAGGACAAGGAAGCAGGGAAAGAACAAGGAGAAGAUAAUGAUCGCAACCUGGAUGCUGCCACUGCUGCUCUGGCCAAGGUGCGUCCGCUCGCCCUGCGCCUGCGAGCCAUGGCCUCUGCUGCUGCUGCCAGCUCCCGAGUCAAGGCGAAAGCAGUUGCUGCUGAAGCUGCUGCUGCCGCUGCAGCUGAGGCAGAGAUGCUGGCCGAGGAGGCUGAUACAGAGGGAGAUGGUGCGUCUGAAGAGGAGGAUGGUGGAGAGGGUGUUGUGAGGGGGGUCUUGGCAGAGGGAGUGGGUGCUAUGCAUGGGGAUAGCAGUAUGGGCGCAGGUGCAGCUGCAUCGGCAAUGGUGGAGGUGACAGCAGCAGUGGGAGCAGCAGCUGCUGCUGCUAUGCCUGCUUGUUUAUUCACAGCAGAGGCUAGUGCAACAGCUGCAGGUGCAAGUGCCUCCAGCAGCAGCAGCAGCACGUCCAUGACCACCACCAUUGCUACAAGCAGCAGCACUGCUGCUGCAACAGCAGCAGUGAUGGCAUCGCAACCACAGCAAUGCCCUUUCAUGGUGGCACCCCCCAGCAGCUCUGUCCCCCCUCCCUCACUCCCUGUGAGGCUCGCCCGUGCGGCUCCCCUUGUGCCUGCGUCCCCCACUAAGAAGAUCCUGAUCAGCAAGAUCACGACUGGCUCGUCUGCGCAGCACCUGCGCGGAACUCUCUGCUCUUCAAUUCUGUGGCGCAAGCCCGCUGCCGCUUUCUUGUCCCCUCCGGUCCUUCCCGUGCUCCGCCAGGCCAAAGAAACAGUCACACCUCCGCCAGCCACCAUCCUAGUGACCUGGACUCAGAGCGUGCUGCUCUUGCAGAACGCUCAAACGCAACUCACUCCUUUGGCCGCCAUGGCUCCACACAAUCGCCAUGCGUCCCCACACCAACGCGUGCCCUCCUCUCUCGGCCUAGUCCUGACGCUGACGCUUCUCCUACUAGCCUCCCCCCUCGCGCCUGCCGAGACUGACAUGUCCGCCGCUACUUACAACGUGCCGUACUCGGAAUGCCAGCGCAACCCCGCGCUGCGCAAAUCGAAAGUCGGAGCGGGAGUGGAUUCGGUGUUGGCGCUGUGUCUCAAGUCCACCACGUCGCUCGAGACCAACUUCGAGAAUGCCAACAAGCUCUUCAUCGGCAACAUGUCCAACGUCGCAUCCUUCGGCGCGUUCUGCGUGGAGAUCAAGGAAACCCUACUCGUGAGCGACGACGGGCUGAGCAUCUACCCGGCGCCGCUGCCGUCCUUCUUCAUCCGCCAGGGGUGGACGCUGCCUCUCUGGGGCCCGGCGCCCGACCCCUCGCUGGUGAACGAGACGGUGCAGAUGACGCUCACCAACAACGGCGUCACGGACCUCAGCGUCACCGGCCUUGACUUCACGCAGUUCGGCCUGCCCGCGGAUUUCUCCGUCGGCCCUGGCCUCUCUGCCAACCUGACUUUCAACCGCACGCAGGUGAACCUGGACUUUGAAACCCUCCCGCUGCUGCAGACGUACCUGUCGGGCACGAACCCGCCGGACCUGCAGGCAGACGAGGUGAUCUCCGUGGUCAUCGUCAAGCUCUACCCCGACGACCCGGACGGGCUGCUGGGCCGCGCCGCCUACGUGUUCCUCAAGCCCACCAACGACCAGAUCAACCCGUAUGAGUUCUACCUGUUUGAAGCCAACUACUACCUGCCGCCGCCGACUUCGUCCGGGCGGCGGCGCCUGCUCGCGGCGAUCCCCAAGACCACGUCGCCGCCGUCGGGGAGCCAGAAGGGGUGCUGCGCGAAAGCCAAGAUCCCGCCCACGUGCAAACCGGGCGCGCCCACGUGGCCCUCGUGUCGGAGCCCGCCCUGCAAGACGCCCUGCUAG